UAGUAUGUUUGUGUCAAUAAUGGAGCCGAAGCACAAAGAGAUUCUCCGAGCACAUAGGCUCUAUCUGUGUGAACAGCUGGUUGUAGAAGAUACAAUAAUUCAGUAUUUAUAUCAGGAGGACAUUUUAACCGAGAGUCUAGUGGAGGAGAUUCAGUCGCAAAGCUGUAACAGAAAGAAGACGCUGGAAUUGUUGAAUACUUUGCCACAUCGCGGUCCUAAUGCUUUCUCUGCGUUUAUACAAGCACUCCAACCUGACUUCCCCUGGAUUACUGAAAAACUACUACUGUCAGUCCAGGACCAGUCGAACAGCGCGGAAAAUACGCGAUCGGUCAGCACUGCUUACAGUGCUGUCCCUGAGCACCUUCUUCAGAUGGUUCCGUCUGAUCUGCAGCUGAAUAGAUUGGCAUCUCGUCUCGGCUCAGAGUGGGAAACGGUCAUGCUGGACUUGGGCCUAACACAGUCAGAGAUCUACCGCUGUCGUGCAGAUCAUCCAUUUAACAGUCAGUGUCAGGUGCUGGCAGCUCUGGUAAUAUGGAAGCAGUCACAAGGUCGAAGAGCCACUGUGCAGCGGCUGCUUCACAGCCUAGAGACCUCAGAAAUUCAUCCUUCUUCCAUUGAACAAGUGUUUAUAUGA